GCUCAGCCUGACCUGGAAGCAGACGGGCUGAGCCGAGCUCUUCCCGCCGGCUGCCCACUGUGGGGUCGCUGAACGCUCGAAGCCCCAGCCCCAGCCCUGUCCCAGCGGCCCGGGUCUCCCGCUGCGCGCCGAGGCAGGAUGAGCAUGUUCUGACAUGGCAUUGCAGUGCAAGACUCAGACUCUUCAAGUGGUAGACACUGAAUACAGUGCAGAUGCUGUGGAGUGGUGCCCUGUGGAAGGCUGGCAUAGCAUCCUGGUUUGUGGCACCUACCAGCUAAAGAAACCUGAUAGAAAGCCUGGUGUAAACCCCAGUGAGAGUGAUGAGCCCCACACACGUCUUGGUCGCCUCUACAUGUAUCACUACAGUGAAGAGCAGCCUUUCAUCCCACUGACUGAAAUUCAAAGGAUUGAAACUGCUGCCAUCCUAGACAUCAAAUGGUGCCACAUUUCCGUCGCACAACAUCCCAUGUUGGGCAUUGCAAAUGCCAAGGGAACUGUGGAGCUCUGCCACCUGACUGGAAGUGAGAAGAACAGCUGCAUGUUGGAGCCACUCUGCAGUGCUGAUUUAGGAGCACAAUGCAUUGCUUUGUCUCUGGACUGGUCCACAGGACGGGAGCAGUGUGGUCACCCACUGAGAGUAAUCAGCAGUGAUUCAAAGGGGAAGCUGAACCUACUGUCAAUAGAUGAGUCUGCUCCUUCCGUGCACAUUCUCAGCCAGUGGAAGGCUCACAACUUUGAGGCCUGGAUUGCUGCUUUUAAUUACUGGGACACAGACAUUGUGUAUUCAGGUGGAGAUGACUGCAUGCUGAGGGGCUGGGAUACCAGGUGCUGCCCAGAAAUGCCUAUCUUCACCAGCGAGAG